AGGGUAACCCUGGACAAGUCGCCGCCUCAUCGCAGGGCCUUGAUGACUUAAAGGGGCUGUUUGCAACUUGCUGACACUUAAAUAGUUUUCUAAGCAAAACAUAUAACAACAUUGGCUACCCAAUGUUACCGUGGGGCGGUAAAGCUCGGUUGGUAGAGCGGCCGUGCCAGCAACUUGAGGGUUCGAUCCCCUGCCGUUGUGUCCUUGGGCAAGACACUUUACCCAGCUGCUCCCAGUGCCACCCACACUGGUUUAAAUGUAACUUAGAUAUUGGGUUCCACAAUGUAAAGCGCUUUGAGUCACUUGAGAAAAAGCGCUAUAUACAUGUAAUUCACUUCACUUCACCGUUUGUGGUUUAACAGAACAUAUUGAUUUCAAAACUGUCUAUAUUUUUCAGAAAUAUUAAAUUUGUGUAAGCAAAGUACCGGCCGGAAUAAAAUGAUUGGUGUUUACGUGGUCACUCACCCUGUCUCGUCAACACGUACACGCACGCUGGAAGUACAGCACAAAAAAACAGUCGAAGCGAAGCAACUAACAAUUUGCAGUUAUGUUGUUAUGAUAGAAUAGGGCAGGGCCGACAUCCGGGCAACUGAGCUACAUACGGGUUCUUCGAGCCAUAGCAACCUGACUGGCGUUGAAAACAAACCGUCGCCAUUACUCUUUAACCUGUCGACCUGCGCUGAUUAAACCCGUCAUUCUGCCUCCAAAAUGCCAAAAAACUGUGUUGUUUUUGGUUGUGCAAACCACAACUGGAAACAGAGAAAACAAAGGUUGUAUUUUGUUCUGCCAAAGCGUGCUAAAAGCCCACAGAGACGAGACAAAUGGCUCGCAGCUUUACACCGGGAAAACGAGGACGGUUCUCACUGGAGUCCCCCAAAAUCCCGGGUCGUGUGUUCGGAUCACUUCGUUUCUGGACGACCUGUAAAGAAUCCCAUGCACCCUGAUUAUGCACCAUCCAUCUUACCUCACCUGCCACAGAGUGGAAAGAAGGCAUCCCAUAGGAUGGACAGUUACGAGCGACAUCAACUAACAACUUCAAAGCGUGAAUUGGCAGCAGAGAACUCAAAAAAUGAUCUCAGCAAGGUCUGUCACAGCUGUGGGAUGGAGGAGAGCGAUAACCCUCAAUGGAUCUGCUGUGAGAUCUGUGAUAGGUGGUUUCACCACGAGUGUGUCCUGAGGCCAGAUGUGAAUGGGGAUUACCUGUGCCCUGCGUGUUCAUGAUGAGGGAUGGAGUGUUGGAAGUAUUAAACUAUAUUUAUGUUAUCCUCUUCUGCCCAAUAUAUAAUAAUAUCUCUGUUUAUAGAUGUAUAGUUUUUUAUGAGGAGUUACAUUUUAUUACAAAAAAGUGUUCUAUUUUGAGUCAGUUAAGCUAGAACUAGCCAGCGAUAGUCUGCGGGCUAUAGAGCGUUUUCUAUUCGGGCUCCAGUACUAUGGAAUGCCCUCUCGGUAACAGUUAGAGAUGCUACCUCAGUAGAAGCAUUUAAGUCCCAUCUUAAAACUCAUUUGUAUACUCUAGCCUUUAAAUAGACCCCCUUUUUAGACCAGUUGAUCUGCCGUUUCUUUUCUUUUCUCCUCUGCUCCCCUCUCCCUUGUGGAGGGGGGGGGGGGGGGGCACAGGU